AGACUCAGAGAUCACAGAAAACAGCUGAGGUCGCUUUCAGAACAAACAAGACCAACAAAGAGAGAAAUCUACAGACAGACAGGUGUCCAACAUGCGGGCUCUGCUGGUUUUGCCUCUGCUGUUAUGUGCAGUGGUGCACGUGGACCAAGUGAAGGCGGAGGUGAAGGCAGUGAAGCUGUGCGGUCGAGAGUUCCUGAGGGCUGUCGUUUACACCUGCGGAGGCUCCCGCUGGAGGAGAUUCUUCAGUGAGACAGACAUGGGUGGUGAUGGUUUGCCCCCAGGGGAGCAGAGCAGUUUGGAGAGCCUGAGCAGCAGCAACCCGGGCUCCCAGUUGACCAGACGGGAUAUUAAUAACGUACUGACCACCGUGUGCUGCCAGGUGGGCUGCAGGAAGAGCGACCUCACCUUCCUCUGCUGAGGCCAGCUCCUCUCUUCUUCUCCAAAGUGACCAAAAUGACUCUGUUCUUUCUCAUUUCGCCUUCGUAGAAACCAAAUCUGAAUCAAAAUGCUGAUGUCUAAUAACAUGAUUUCUCUAUCGUAUGUACAGUAAUUCUCAUAUCCACAGCUGCUAUUUUUCUAAUUGCUUUUCAUAUUUUUGUCAUUACUUUAACUUGUGACUUUGUAGAUGUGAAUGUGGACCACUUGAGCAUCUGUGAACAUGUUUCUGAUCCAGAGGUGAAAGAUAUGUAAAACCACAGAAAUAUAUCCACUUACAAUAUAAACAAAACUACACUGAGGCUAAUUUACUCAGGGCUGAUAUUCAAGGGUGCAGGACUGUAUCAUUUCCCACUCACACACUGUGUAAAGAGGACAGAUGUCUCAGCUUGUGUCCUGUAUAUAAACAUGUUUCCACAGGGUUGCAGAUUUGGAAAACGUCCUCUGUGCUUUGAUGUAUUCAUCAGAAACCUGAGCUGUAGUGUAUCAUUUUGCUAUUAAAUGUUCUUGCACAGGG